AUCAGCGCGCGUGGAGAAGCAGCUUCAGACUUCCUCCCUGAGCAUGUGGACCUGAUCCAGGAUGGACGACCCGACCAACAGCAGCUCCCCUCUGACGGACUACUUCCUGGCCGGGGACAGUCUGGACUACGAUGUUCCUCCGGACGAGGUCCCGGACACCACGCAGGGCCGGGCGUUCUUCGUGGCCACCAUCGUCAUCGCCGUGGUCCUGGUGGUCAUCAUGCUGGUGUGCGGCGUGGGGAACUGCUUGUUCAUCGCCAGCCUCGCACGCUACAAGCAGCUCCGCAACCUGACCAACCUGCUGAUUGCCAACCUGGCCGUGUCCGACGUGCUGGUGGCGGCCGUGUGCUGCCCUUUCCUCUUGGACUACUACGUGGUGAAGCAGCUGUCAUGGGACCACGGCCUGCUGCUCUGCGCCUCCACCAACUACCUGCGCACCGUCUCGCUCUACGUGUCCACCAACGCUCUGCUCGCCAUCGCCGUGGACAGGUACAUGGCCAUCCUCCACCCUCUGAAGCCUCGUAUGAAGCACCAGACAGCGUACUGCGUCAUCCUGACCGUUUGGAUCAUCCCCGUCUUCAUCUCCAUCCCGUCUGCCUACAUGGCCUCUGAGACCACGUACCCACAUGUGGAGGGCCGCACCCAGAAGACCUUCUGCGCUCAGAUCUGGCCCGUGGACCAGCAGGUUUACUACCGCUCCUACUUCCUCCUCAUCUUCGCUCUGGAAUUCAUGGGCCCGGUGAUCGUCAUGGCCGUCUGCUACAUCCAGAUCUCCAGGGAGCUGUGGUUCAAAGACGUCCCGGGCUUCCAGACGGAGCAGAUCCGGAAGAGGCUCCAGAGGCGCCGCAGGACGGUGGUGGUGCUGAUCCUGGUUCUGGCCGCCUACGUCCUGUGCUGGGCGCCGUACUACGGCUUCGCCCUGCUGCGGGACUUCUACCCCACCCUCAUCUCCAGGGACAGGAACUCCCUGGUGGUCUUCUACAUUAUCGAGUGCAUCGCCAUGAGCAACGGGGUCAUCAACACCCUCUGCUUCAUGAGCGUCCGGAACAACACCAAGCGGCUGAAGAAGGCGGGAAAGUUUCCGCUGAGGCUGGUGACGUUUGUGGCUGCCAAGUCGAUGGACGAAGGCGAGGCACGGACGUCCUCCCUCCGAGUGACGGAGGACGCCGACGGAGCUCGGCUGAAGCAGUUCUGAGAAUUCAAACAGCUCGUCAGAACCAGAACAAGAACCAGAACCAGAUCAGAGAGCCCAAGAUGGGACUUUUAAACCCGUAUCACUCCACCAGAGAUGGUAGCACUUCCUGUUUCUGAACAGCUGGAUGCAUUUUGUGGAGAUUCUGGAUAUAAAUGUUGGGUUUGCAGACUGUAAACACCUGUGUGAUCAUGACAGCACCUGGAUGAAUCAACCCGCUACUGGACAACAGGUAAAACAAACAAAACAACCCGCUCUCACCAAUCUGCGUACAAAUAACUUGUACAAUGCAAUCCAAAAUCCAGUUCUGCUGCAUAUGAUAUGGCUGCAGGAGUUCUCUAAGGUCAGGGCCAAACAGUUCCUGGUUAGGCUAGUUAGAAGGACGACGUGACUACUGGAAGUAAAUGUAGACAUUUUUACAUCUAUUUUGGUCACUUUGUGUCUUUUUUUUGUCAUUUUAUGUAUUUUUUGGUCAUUUUAUGUCUUUUGUUGUCAUUUUAUGUAUUUUCUUUUGGUCAUUUUACAUCUAAGUAAAGUAUCUAAGUAUUUUUUUGUCCCCUUUUUUAGUCAUUGUACAUCUUUUUAGGGUCAUUUUAUGUCUUUUGGGGUCAUUUUAUGUAUUUUUUUGGUUAACGU